AUGACUACGUGGAUGUUUUGGACUUUUAUUUGCUUGGCUCUUGGACAAUUGACCCAUUCAUGGCCAGCACACAAGCAACGUUUUCGACUCCGUACAAUAUUAGGCACAGCUGAAACGAUAGAUAAGCCACGGUCCAGUUUUAGUGAAAAAGUAAGAUCAAUUAGCAACAACGACGAAGACGAUGAUGAUGAUCUUGAUGCUCUUCAUAAUUUUGACCGCCGAGGCCCCAGCAAUUCUUAUCAGCGGCAAGUAUUCGAACUAACGAAUCAAGCACGUCAAAACGGCCGGUACUGUGGUUCGACUUGGUAUCCCGCCACAACGACUCUUCUGUGGAAUGAUCAAUUAGGCUACGCAGCAACUAAUCAUGCCAAAAGCAUGCUUUAUUAUAACUAUUUCUCUCAUACAGGUAGAGAUGGAAGCAGUUUCGUGGAUCGCAUAGUAGCUGAAGGUUAUUCGAGAAAUUGUGCUGGCGGUGAAAAUAUUGCUGGUAAUCAAACUCCUGAAAAGACAGUCACUGCUUGGAUCAACAGUCCGGGACAUUGUGCCAAUCUUAUGAACAAGGGUUUUAAAGCAAUUGGCGUUGGAUAUGCUCAAGGUGGUCCUUACGGAGCUUAUUGGGUUCAAAAUUUUGGUUGGUGCUAA